AUGGGUCCUGGAUCUAUCCGCAAGGAUGAUGUGGAGAUCGCUGAUCAGCCAUCCCAUCUCGAGAAUCUCCCCAAGCCUUCGCACGUCACGGAGAUUGACACUUUCCGUGUCGUCGGCUUAACCCCUGAUGAUGAGCAGUUCUACAUUGGAUUCUCCGAGGAAAGCCGAAAGAAGGUCUUUCGCAAGGUGGACGUUCGCUUGGUCCCUAUGCUGGCGCUGCUAUAUUUGAUCUGUCACAUCGAUCGUGCGAAUAUCGGAAAUGCUAAAAUCGAAGGCAUGGUCGAGGAUUUGGGGAUGACGGGUGUCCAGUACAACACUGUACUUUCGAUUUUCUUCAUCCCCUACGUCCUGUUCGAAGUCCCAAGCAACAUCCUUCUCAAGAAGUUCAAACGCCCUUCAACCUACCUGGGCGUUCUUGUCGUCAGCUGGGGAAUUGUUAUGACUUGCACUGGACUGGUCAAGAACUUUGCAGGUCUUAUGACUACUCGCGUGCUGCUGGGUAUCUUCGAGGCUGGCUUCUUCCCUGGUGCAAUCUAUCUCUGCUCUUACUGGUACAUGCCAAAGGACCUCGCUCUCCGCAUUUCAUACUUCUACUGCGCCAGCGCCUUAUCCGGUGCCUUCUCCGGUCUUCUAGCCGCCGCCAUCGCUAAGAUGGAUGGCAUCGGUGGACUUGAGGGAUGGCGGUGGAUUUUCAUUCUCGAGGGACUGUUGAGUGUCGUCUUGGGUGUGAUGUGUUUCUUCCUCCUCAUUGACACACCAGCUUUCUCUACGCGCUGGCUAUCCGCCGAGGAAAUUCGAUUCCUUGAGCUUUCAAUGUUCAUCAAGCAAGGUGGAGUCAGCAGUGAUGAGUCCAAAUUCAAGAUGCGAGAUCUGAAGAAGGUGCUUCAGAACUGGAGAAUCUACGUGCAAGCUUAUUUUUUGCUUUGCCAGUCAGCGCUGUCUUAUGGAACAAAAUUCACCCUUCCAACCAUCACCAAAGCAAUGGGCUUCAGUUCCACCAACGCCCAACUAACAUCCGCCCCACCAUACGUCGUCGCAGCCAUCUCAGCCAUCAUCUUCGCCCGCCUAUCCGACCGCUUCUACUGGCGCAUGCCAUUCGUCGCCAUCCCCAUGGUAAUUGUGAUAGUCGCCUACGCAAUCCUCUUCUCUCUCAACGGCGCACUCGAAGCAAAGCGCGGCGUAGCCUAUUUCGCCGUCGUCCUCGCCGUGGCCGGUAUCUACCCGAUUCAAUCCGCCGCCGCAUCCUGGAACGCGAACAAUAUUGCCCCAUCGUCGCGUCGAGCCAUCGGAAUUGCACUGAUGAACUGCGUUGGAAAUGUUGGCGGCAUUAUUGGAAGUUUCAUGUAUAUUGAGAAGGAGAAGCCAAAGUACCCCACUGGCUUUGGGUUGAGUCUUGCGCUUGCCGGGGUCGGAUUUUUCGUUGCUUUCUUCCUUGAGUGGAGUUAUAAGAGGGGGAAUGCGCAGAAGGCUAAGGUUGCGGAUGAGGCGAGGGUUAAGUAUACUGAGGAUGAGCUGUUUGACAUGGGUGAUAAGUCUCCGCUGUUCAAGUAUGUGCUGUAG